AUGGCCGACGCAGCCCCUACUCAAGACAGGUCGUUCCUCCGGCGACUCGCGACGGCUACUCAACCAGCCUUGACGCGCAUUGCCCAUGGGUCGGCACCCUUCAUAACGACGUUCGCUCUCAUACAUCUCACCGCGCCAGUGAUGGCGAAUCUUGGGGGAACUUCGCUGGCUUCACAGGUUAUGUUACUCGGGCGGGAGUACUAUCAAACGCCUUGGGGGGAGAAAUACCUCGUGCUCGCCCCUCUUGUCAUACAUCCCCUAUCUGCCCUCCUGAAGCGUGUCCUUGCACCCAGACCAGCUCGCCGUCUCACCAGUAUUCUGAGUAUCACGGGGUACACAGCUGUCGUCGUCGUAGCCCUUCAUUUCUUCGCCCACCGAAUCGCUCCCUCGGAUCCAUCCCCUCCUAUCCUCUCCGUGGGCCCAUCAGAACUUGAUUACGAGUACGUCAAGUACGCCCUCCACGAAUGGCCCGUGCGGAGUUUCUUAGGCUACAUCGGCCUUACCGCCGUUGUUGCGUGGCACGCCGCCGAAGGGAUGGCAAUCAUCUGGAAUACCUGGCUGCGCCCGUCCCUUGGGGCCCUGCCCCAGAGCCGAAAACAGCGCAUCGUUGGCGCUCUCGCAGGCGUGCUCCCUGUGGCGACCGGUCUGUACUUCAUGUGGAAGGAGCCGCUCAUGGUAUUCUCCUCGCACGCCGCCAGAUUCAAGGCGGCGUUUACACAGUCGAUAUUCUUCCAAUUCUGA